AUGCAGAAGCAAGCUAGAAGGAUGAAGAGCAAGGGUUUCAUCAACUACUUUGGCCUCCAGCGUUUCGGAACUGGGUCCGUCCCUUCGGCUGAGGUCGGGAAAUGGAUCAUCUUACGAGAGUGGGAGAAGGCAGUGGAGGUCAUCAUGGAUCCAGCAACAGCGAAAGAUCCUGGGGAGAGGAGGGCCAAGGUUAAGUACAAAGAGAAUGGAAACGCCGGCAUUGCGCUCUCGAGGAUGCCUCCGUUUGCAAAGAGCGAGACUGCGAUCUUGCGAGAGCUUGCGAAAGGAGGCGGUCACAAGGAAGCGAUCUUCAGUCUGAGCAACAGGAACAUGUAUGCGUCAAGCUUUGAGAGCUUGUUAUGGAACAUGGCAGCGACGCGACGGAUCGAGCUCUACGGCUCCAAAGAAGUCGCAGCGGGAGACCUGGUCUUGCUGACGGAUGCUCGGGGAUACACGCAGAAGCGAAACAUGGGGAGAAAGAAUCAAUACCUGGUGCUGCCUGUUGCGAUGACUUUUGUCGCCGCUCUAAGAGAGAUUGUUAUGGUGGAGCUCAUGUAA